UAAUUGAAAUCAAGGUUUCCUAAAAAUUCUUCCUAGAUCUCAGCUUCACCGAAUCAUGUCGUGUUCAUUCACCCACGAUGUGACUGCUGCGCUUUCCCUGUCUCCGUUUCAUUCCAUUUCUCCCUCCUUCCUCCCUCUCUCACCCACACAGUGAGGAGCACGAUAAAAAGGGACCAGGCAGUCCUGGGUUCCAACCCUACCUGGCUCCCUGUCCUGUAGACGCUCUGACUCUGCUCAAAGCCAGUUUCGUCCAGUAACCACAGCAGUCAUACCAAGUUCUAGGGAUCUUUCGAGGAUAGUGUGUAUUAGCCAUAGUGGAUCCUCUGAUGCCUGACACAUCUGCUGUGCUCAAGAAAUGACAACUCUUGCAUUACAGUGACUACGGAGUUAGGGGACAGUGUAUGGCGAAAUGCUGAUCACUGUUGAAAAGUUGGUUUCAUCCCUCUAGUCUCAAAUCCAGUAUUUUAAGGAUGUGCUAAAUGCUUUGUCCUGGAGAGCUAUCUUAAGGGACAAAAUCCUUUUCCCAACAUCAUCUGAGACACAUCCUGACAGUAGAGAGCUAUUCCAAGAAGUAAUUGGAAGUGCCAUUAUCAGGCAGGGACAGGGACUCUAGGGGAUUUUGGGGUCAGCAGAUAUGAAAUGAACGAUUUCACACAGCUGCGGCAGGAAUUUCCCACGAGACCCCGCCCCCGGCUGAGUCACAGCACUCCUGGGUGUGAUCUGAAGCCCUCCCGAGCUGCAGAACCCUGAAGACCAAGGAGUGGAAAGUUCGCCAGCAGCCCCGAGAUCUCAAGGCUUUGCUUGUAUCAUACCUGUGCCAGAUUUCAUCAUGGGAAACAGCUGUUACAACAUAGUAGCCACUCUGCUGCUGGUCCUGAACUUUGAGAGGACAAGAUCAUUGCAGGAUCUGUGUAGUAACUGCCCAGCUGGUACAUUCUGUGGGAAUAACAAGAAUCAGACUUGCAUUCCCUGUCCUCCAAAUAGUUUCUCCAGUGUAGGUGGACAAAGGGUCUGUGUCCUAUGCAGGCCGUGUAAAGGUGUUUUCAGGACCAGGAAGGCGUGUUCCUCCGCCAGCAAUGCAGAGUGUGACUGCAUUUCAGGAUUUCGAUGCCUGGGGGCCGGAUGCCGAAUGUGUGAACCAGAUUGUAAACAAGGUCAAGAAUCAACAAAAGAAGGUUGUAAAGACUGUGGCUUUGGGACAUUUAAUGAUCAGAAACGUGGCGUCUGUCGACCCUGGACAAACUGCUCUUUGGAUGGCAAGUCUGUGCUUGUGCAUGGGACGAAGGCAAGGGACGUGGUCUGUGGACAGUCUUCAGCCGACCUCUCUCCAGGAGCAUCCUCUGUGACCCCGCCUGCCCCUGCAAGAGAGCCAGGACGCACUCCGCAGAUCAUCUCCUUCUUUCUUGCACUGACGUCGGCUGUGGUGCUGUUCCUGCUGUUCUUCCUCGUGCUCCGUUUCUCUGUUGUUAAACAGGGCAGAAAGAAACUCCUGUAUAUAUUCAAGCAACCAUUUAUGAGACCAGUACAAACUGCUCAAGAGGAAGAUGCCUGUAGCUGCCGAUUUCCAGAAGAAGAAGAAGGAGGACGUGAACUGUGAAAUGGAAAUCGAUUGGGCUAUUGGAACUUUCUUGAAAAGAAGCAAGGAAAUACAAGUCAUCCCACUAUCACAUCUUUCUAAAAUGAAGAAGACCAUCCUAUAUAAUACCCAGGACUACCCCCCAACACAUGUUUUUUUCUAAGUGCUAAUGAGUUGGCCUUCAAAAAUGCACCCUUUUUUUUUUUUUUUUUUUUUUUUUUUUUGACAGAGUCUUUCUCACUCCGUCACCCAGGCUGGAGUGCAGUGGCACCAUCAUGGCUCCCUGCAGCCUUGACCUCCAGGAGCUCAAGUGAUCCUCCCGUCUCAGUCUCCUGAGUAGCUGGAACUAUAAGCAAGAGUCACCACACCUGACUAAUUUUUUUGUUUUUUGUGUUUUUAUUGGUAGAGAUGGCAUUUCAUCAUGUUGUCCCGGCUGGUCUCAAACUCCUGGGCUCACUUUGGCCUCUCAAAGUGCUGGGAUUAUGGACAUGAGCUGCCAUGCCUGGCCAAAAAAAUGUACCAUUUUUAACAGAACAGACAGGAGGGGACAGAGCUCUUGGUAAAAAAAAAAAAAAAAAAAAAAA